AUGGCGACGCGCCGGCAGCACCGCCGCGGCUUCCCGCUGGUCCCGCUCCUGCUCUCCCUCCUGGCGGCCGCCGCGUACGGCCGCCUCAUCUCCGACGGCGCCCCGUCCGCGCCGCUCCUCUCGUUGAUCCGCCUCUCGGGCUCCCCGCCGGCCGCGGCCGCGGGGGCGGCGGCGGCCGAGGAGAAGUGCGAGCAGUCCUACGGCUUCCUCCCCUGCACCACCACCGUGCUCGGGAACCUCUUCCUGGUGCUGACCUACGGGUUCCUCAUGUACAAGGCGGCCACGUACCUGUCGACGGGGAGCGAGCUGCUGCUCGAGAUCAUGGGGCCCGGCCUCAUCGGCGGCCUCCUCCUCCCCAUCCUCGGCGCCCUCCCCGACGCGCUCCUCGUCCUCGUAUCUGGCCUGUCCGGGAGUAAAGAGGAGGCACAGAGUCAGGUACUUAUCGGAAUGGGGCUGCUUGCUGGUUCCACCGUCUUCCUCCUCACCCUGCUUUGGGGAACCUGUGUCGUUGUUGGCAAGUGUGACCUUGGGCCAAACCGUGAGGCAGUUGAUUUAACAGACACCAAGGGCUUCAGCUUGACUGGCACUGGUAUUACAACCGAUGUGCAGACCAGCUAUGCAGCGCGGAUCAUGGGGCUAUCUGUUAUCCCCUUCAUCAUCGCACAGUUCCCAAAGAUGUUGAAGACCCACCACGGGCAGCGCCUAGCUAUGUUGCUGGGCCUUAUUGUGUCAUUCUUGCUCGUGCUUUCCUACUGUCUGUACCAGGUUUUCCAGCCUUGGAUUCAGAGGAGGAAGCUUGCAUAUGCGAAGCACAAGCACGUGAUCUCUGGGAUACUGAAGCACGCCCAAAAGCAGGCACUCGGUCGUCUGCUAAACGAUGAUGGCACACCCAAUGAAGACGUCAUCAGAAAGCUGUUCCAUAAGAUCGACAUGGACGAGAGCCGCUCCCUGUCCCGUGCCGAGCUCCACGCUCUCAUCGUCGGUAUCAACUUCGAUGAGGUUGAAUUUGACAGGAUGGAUGCGGUCGACAAGGUCAUGGCCGACUUUGAUACGUCCCGCAACGAUAUCGUUGAGGAGGAGGAGUUUGUGCAGGGGAUGAAGAAAUGGCUCAAUGAGGCUAAGCGCCACAUGCCCGUGGGCGGCGCCUUCUCCAGCAAGUUCAAUGAAUACCAUGAGAGGACACGGCAGGAGCACGACCAGCUGAUUGACAGGUGCGAUGAGGCGGUGGAGAGCGUGGAGAACCCCGGGUGGUGCAUCACCAAGGCUGUGGCGCUGCUGCUUCUGGGUGCCGCCAUCGCGGCCGCCGAGGCCGUCUCCGCCAUCAUCUUCGCCAGCAGGAAGAAGCAGAGGACCUGCUCCCUGACCUUCUCCGAGGUGUAUGGCGGCGUAACAAUGAACAACACGCUGUGCCUCGGUGUGUUCCUGGCGCUCAUCUACUUCAGGAACCUGACGUGGGACUUCUCAUCAGAGGUGCUCAUCAUCCUGCUGGUCUGCGUUGUCAUGGCCCUCUUCACCAGCUUCCGGACCACGUUCCCGCUCUGGACCUGCCUCGUCGCCUACAUGCUCUAUCCGUUCUCGCUGGUCAUCGUCUACAUCCUCGACUAUGUCUUUGGCUGGUCAUAG